GGCGCCGUCCGAUCAGCUGUCGCGUGCGCUCUCACGGUGAAGAUCAGAACGGGGCUGGGCCUCCAGAAGUGACACGCGCGUUUCACGGGUUUCGUUUAUUCUAAUUUCUAACGUGAAAAGGGGGCGCCAGCAACUGUAGAACCGGCCCUGGAGGGAAUCGACACAAGUGUACACGAUUGGUUAUCGAGACAACCGAGAAAAUCGAGUGGCUCACGUGCGUUACGAUAGUAUCGAUCGAUGGAUCGGAUUCGGGUAUCGUCUGCUAAUGUUGAGGCCACAGUAGUCCUCGAUCGACGAAAAUGGGGGAAGAAAGAUUGGACAUAGAGAAACCCCUGUGGGAUGUGACUACGUUCGCGGGGAGAUGGAAGCAUUUUGCUUGGAUGUCUGACUUCAGGACUUGCGUCGUUCCUGAAUCAGAGUUGCUCAAAGCGAAGAAAUUAUGCGAAGACUACAAACUUGGGAAGGAGCCAGCUGGUACAACCCGAGAGCAAAUCAUCUAUGCUAAGAAGCUUUACGAGUCAGCCUUUCAUCCCGACACAGGCGACCUGCAGAAUGUCUUCGGUAGAAUGUCCUUUCAAGUGCCAGGAGGAAUGGCUGUAACCGGGGCCAUGCUUCAAUUUUACAAAACAACCACCGCUGUGGUUUUCUGGCAGUGGGUGAACCAGUCGUUCAACGCUUUAGUCAACUACACGAACAGAAAUGCAAACAGUCCCACGACGGAAUUUCAGUUGGGGUUGGCUUACGCGAGUGCUACCACGGCUGCAAUGAUAACAGCGAUAGGAUGCAAGUCUUUCUGGGCGAAACGAGCCAAUCCACUCAUGGCGCGUUACGUGCCAUUCGCCGCGGUGGCGGCAGCUAACUGCGUGAACAUUCCCUUGAUGAGGCAGAAUGAAAUAAGCCAGGGGAUCGAGAUCAGCGACGAGAACGGCAACAAACUUACAAAAUCGAAGAUCGCGGCGGUCAAAGGUAUCGGCCAAGUGGUAGUCUCGAGGAUUAUUAUGUGCGCGCCCGGCAUGCUGAUUCUUCCACCGAUCAUGGAGAGACUAGAGCAAUAUUGUUGGAUGCAGAGGAUCAAACCGUUGCACGGACCGAUACAAGUUAUGAUGGUUGGCUGUUUUCUGACGUUCAUGGUGCCCACGGCGUGUGCGCUGUUUCCACAAAAUUGCUCGAUUAAGUCAAGCACUUUGGAACGCUGGGAGCCUGAAAGUUAUGAAGUUUUGAAGAAGAAUAGCGGAAACAAGGAUAUACCCACGCAUUUGUACUUCAACAAAGGUUUAUAAUGUAUUAAAACAAAUAGUCGUCGUAAAAGAAUGUUCGGGGACGCGCCUUCCGUCGUCCUCUGCGAAAAUCAUAGCAAUUAAUUCAUGGAAUCGAUGAAACUUUCGCGUACAAUAUGAAAUUCGAGUACUUGUAGUUUUCUGCUGGUUCAGAGGAUGAAACACGUUCUGUGGAGAAUAUACUCUUAUACCAUACGAUACGACAAUACGUGCAUUUCGAAUAAUUUCUUACUCGAUGCACAGCAGUGUAUUUUAUUUUUUUAAGUCUUUAUUACGCGUGCUAUGACACACCGAACUUUGAUACUUAAUUUGCAUUUCAAUGGCCGACGAAUAUAGAUCGUUAAUCGUAAAGUGUGACUAUUUUGCUGCACGCAAGUUUUUUCAAACAGCAAUAAUUUAUUUCAACAGAGUGCUCAAGAAUCAUGCUUCAAGGUAGACAUAUCAUUUAAGUAGUUGAAUAUUGCAAUUGUUCAUAUUGUGUUGUUGAUUGUUGGAGAUGUGUCACUAACCUUAAACAACUGUUGAUGUUCUAUUACUACCUCCCUGAACUAUUAUACGAAACUAAAAAUGCUGCCAUGUAUAUUUUAGUAACAUUACAAUAAACACUGGAAAAAUGAA